AUGAGGGGGAGAAGAGGCAGGCCGCCGAAGCAGGCGCUGAUGCACGAGCCCUCCUCGGGGCCGGUGCGCGGGCUCAGACCCCGGCGCGGGCUGGGCGCCAAGGGCCGGGGGGCGCCCGAGACCGACCUCGCGAGCGACGACGACGAGGAGGAGGAGGACGCCGUGAGCCUGCGGUCGGACGACGACGACUUCGUGGAAGAGGAGCCGGCGUCCGAGGACGAGGAGGAAGCGCUGGACGACGAGUCGGACUACCUGGAGGAAAUAGGCGAGGACGACGACGAUGCGAGCUACUGCACGGAGAGCAGCUUCAGGAGCCACAGUACCUACGGCAGCGCCCCAGGCAGGAGGAGGCCGCGGGUGCACCGGCCCCGCUCCCCGAUUUUCGAGGAGAAGGAGGUCCCUCCCCUGGAGCUCCCCAAGUCCUCGGAGGACCUCAUGGUGCCCAACGAGCAGCUCCUGAACGUGGCGGCCAUUUACGAGGUGCUGAGGAACUUUGGCACGGUCCUGCGGCUGUCGCCCUUCCGCUUCGAGGACUUCUGCGCGGCGCUGGUGGGGCAGGAGCAGUGCACGCUGAUCGCGGAGACGCACGUCUCCCUGCUCAAGGCCAUCCUGCGUGAGGAGGACACCUCCAACACCACCUUCGGCCCGGCCGACCUCAAGGACAGCGUCAACUCCACGCUGUACUUCAUCGACGGCAUGACGUGGCCCGAGGUGGUGCGGGUGUACUGCGAGAGCGACCGCGAGUACCACCACGUGCUGCCCUACCAGGAGGUGGAGGACUACCCCUAUGGCCCCCUGGAGAGCAAGGUCAAGGUGCUGCAGUUCCUGGUGGACCAGUUCCUCACCACCAACAUCGCCCGCGAGGAGCUCCUGUCCGAGGGCGUCAUCCAGUACGACGACCACUGCCGUGUGUGCCACAAGUUGGGCGACCUGCUGUGCUGCGAGACCUGCUCGGCCGUGUACCACCUGGAGUGCGUGAAGCCGCCCCUGGAGGAGGUGCCCGAGGACGAGUGGCAGUGCGAGAUCUGCGUGGCGCACAAGGUGCAGGGCGUGACGGACUGCGUGGCCGAGAGCCAGAAGAGCAAACCCUACGUGCGGCAGGAGCCCAUCGGCUACGACCGGCACCGGCGGAAGUACUGGUUCCUCAACAGGAGGAUCAUUAUCGAAGAAGACGGUGAACAUGAGAAUAAGAAGAUAUGGUACUACAGCACAAAGGUCCAGUUAGCAGAACUGAUUGACUGUCUAGAUAAGGACUACUGGGAGAGCGAACUGUGCAGGACUCUCGAGGAGAUGAGAGAGGAAAUACACACUCACAUGGACAUAACGGAAGAUCUCACCAACAAAGCCAGGGGCAAUAACAAGUCUUUUCUGGCCGCAGCUAACGAAGAGAUUCUGGAGCGGCUGAAGGCCAAGCAGGAGGCGGAGCUGGAGGACGUGAAGAGGAAGGCGGCGGAGGAGGCCGGGAAGACGAGGCGGGACGUGGGCGCCGAGGGGCAGCCCGACCCGGAGAAGAACGAGCAGCGGGAUUCAACCACGGACAAAGAGCCCGAGCCGGAAAGGGAGCAGAAACUGUCGGAGGGACAGUCUAGGGAAGAGGCGGCGGAGAUGGCAACAGCACCACCUGGUGGAGAGGAGGGCUGCAGGUCUGAAGCGUCCAGGCCUGAUUCUCCUAUUCCAGACAGCACGGCUCUCCAGAGAGAACACCACCACCCUGAGGAAGAGAGGAGCUCAGAUGGCACCCAUACAGCCCUCCCUCAGUGCAGCGAGACAUGUGAAGAGGGAUCGGCCAACAAGGAGGUUCAGCCAGAGGCCCAAGGUACUGGCUGCAGCAACUUCUAUAAGCCAGCGGACUCCAGCUCCCGGAACGAUGAGGGCGCAGCGGCCCCCAGCCAGCCCCCCUCCCAGGCUGGGGACGAGAACAGCAACAGCAGCCUCACCUCCUCCUCUGAGCCCCUGGCCUCCAGGGGCCCCGAAGAGCCGGACAGUGCAGACAAAUCCUCCCAGUCGUCCGUCGCAAGCCUGGAGGAAACGGGUGACGGCAAGGCGGACAAGGCGACCGGAGAGGGCGGCGACGGCGCCGGCGCAGGCCGGGGCACGCCGGGCUCCACGCGCAUGGUGACGCGGCUACGCAACCCCGAGAGCAAGCUCAGCCAGCUCAAGAGCCAGCAGGUCGCCGCCGCUGCGCACGAGGCAAACAAGUACUACAAGGAGGGCAAGGAGGCCCUCGUCGUCAACUCCCAAGGGGAGGUCUCUCGCCUGAGCACCAGGAAGGAGAUUGUCAUGAAGGGAAAUCUCAGCAAUUACUUCAAACUGGGCCAGGAGGGCAAGUACCGGGUCUACCACAACCAGUACAGCACCAACGCCCUGGCCCUGAACAAGCACCAGCACCGUGAGGACCACGACAAGCGGCGGCAUCUCUCCCACAAGCUCUGCAUGACGCCCGCCGGCGACUUCAAGUGGAACGGCUCCGUCCACGGCUCCAAAGUGCUGACCAUCUCCACGCUCAGGCUGACCAUCAUCCAGCUGGAGAACAACAUUCCCGCGCCCUUCCUGCACCCGAACUGGGCGUCCCACAGGUCGAACUGGAUCAAGGCCGUCCAGAUGUGCAGCAAGGCCCGGGAGUUCGCUCUGGCGUUGGCGAUCCUAGAAUGUGCAAUCAAACCAGUCGUGAUGCUGCCCGUGUGGAAGGAUGCGCUUGGACAUACGAGGUUACACCGAAUGACCUCGAUAGAGAGGGAGGAGAAGGAAAAGGUGAAAAAGAGGGAAAGAAAGCAGGAGGAGGAGGAAACCAUGCAGCAGGCCACAUGGGUCAAGUACACCUUUCCCAUUAAACACCAGGUUUGGAAGCAGAAGGGGGAGGAAUACCGUGUGACUGGGUAUGGGGGCUGGAGCUGGGUUAGUAAAACCCAUGUACACCGCUUCUUGCCCAAGUUUCCGGGAAACACCAACGUCCACUACCGGAAAGCAUUGGAAGCCGCUAAAAAUGGCAAGGAGAGUGCAGCGUCGGAGGUUGACAAAAGAAGAAAUGCGUCAAAACUCCGAGCAGAAGCCGAGACCCGCGAGAAGGAAACUUCGGCGAAGGACUCUGCUAAAAGUUCGCUAGAAAAGGACAAGGACCAAAACCCCCCCGCACAGUCUUCAGAAAACGGCUCAACGGCAAAAGUAAAGGAAAAAACAGACAGAGAAGUGACUGAAGAGAUGGAUGUUGACAGAAGUCCUCCGGACUCAUCACAGACCGAAGAAAAAGGGAAAAACGGGAAUUCUGGCUACCCCGACGAUGGGAAACCUGUCAAGGAGGAGCCGAAGGAAGAAGAGGUGGCAAAAACUGAGCCGGCACAUAAGCCCCCAGCGAAACCUUUUGAUGAUGACGUUGUAAACGUCAGCGAGGGCUUUCAGCUCAGGACUGCUUACAAAAAGAAAGUCAAAGCUUCCAAACUGGACGGCCUGCUUGAGAGACGGGUCAAGCAGUUCACCUUGGAGGAGAAGCAGAGACUUGAACGGUUCAAGCAGCUGUCCGGAGCAAAGCUUGCAGGAAAGCAGGCAGGGGUUCAAGGAGCUGGUGUGUCUAUGCUGAAGGUAAAAGCAGAGGACAAGGCAGCAGUGCCCUGCAUGGGGAAGACUGAGGGCCCUGUGGCAGUUAAAGCAGACAGUUCAGUUGUAGACAAAGGACCAGAAAAGGCUUACUCUUCAAAUAACGAAAGCAGUUUGGUUUCCUUAGGUGCAACUCCCAAAGAGCCUGAAGUCCAGGGCGCUACCGAAAUCAGGCCUGAAAGCCAGUUAUGCAGUCAAAAUGAGAAUGGGGAGAAAGUUGCAGAUAGGAUCCCUCAUUUGGAGUCUCGGGAUGGGACUGUGAAACAGUCUGAUCACAAAGACUUUCCAUCCAACUCAGCUGGAUGUGUGCCUGAGCAAAAGGAGAAUUUGAAUGAGGUCCAGAGCUCAGUAAAGUCAGAUAUUCUGGAGCAGGGAUUGGGUCGGGCUGCUGGUUCUGAACCAGAAACUCUAAAGACUGAAUGCAUCAGUGAGGUUUGCGGUCCCAUUCCAAAAAUCUACAAUGCAGCAGAGCUGCAGCAUACCACAAAACUUGCCAGUCAGGAUAGCAGUGACUUGGGAAACAAUGUUGAUCAGGUCACAUCUUCCGAAACAUCUGAGUCCCCUGCAGAAUGCAAUUCUGCUCUUAACACCAGGGAUCAGAAAAGUGAAACGCACGAUCUUCCAUCUUCGGUCAAGCCGCAUUCCAACAGCGAGCCAAAUAAGGACCUUGAAAAUACUGGGGGUGCUCCAGAAGCUGUCAGACAAGGCAAGCAAACUGACAGCCCCGUGCAGGAGGAGGUGAGCAGGAGGGAGCCUGAUCAGAGCUGCUCAGAACCCAUGGUCACAGAAGAAAACGGUAACAAGCCAGACUACGAGGUAAAAGAGCAGGAUUGCCUGGAGCUGAAGGAGACAGAAAACACAAACGAUGAGACCACACACUCAGAAUUGCCACAGAUCCCUACUCCUGUCCAAGUCAACGGGAAAGAUGUUGCAGAAAACAAAUCCAUCCUUGAUUCCAAACAGCUUGUAAAGGAGCCCGGAGACAUGGAGCUGGCAAACAAAGUCGAAGGGAAAGUGAAUAACCUCACUAGGACAACUUCGGACGGUGCGAUCAAACUUCUCCCAUCGAAAGAUGCUCUGAAGCCAUUGAUGAAUGGUGAUCUGACCACAGAGGGGACAAAGGAGAAGCCCAACAGCACAGGUCAGUUUUCUUCCCCAUCCAGCCCAUCCACGGUGCUCGAUGGAGAAAGAAAAGGUCUAGUGGCUGGUCAAGACUAUUUGCCUCCUGUCAAAGUGCCCAAGUUGGAGAACAACAUCGAUGAGACGGUGGAUUCUACUGUAACGUCGCCGCCGUCCGACCUCAGUUGUGCCAGUGUGGCAGAAGUCAAAAGCAAAGAAGAUCACAGCAGCAAUGAAGAAGAACCCAUGGACGCAGAGGUUACGAUGUCCAGGAAAAUUAUCCCAUCUCCCGUGCCUUCUGCGGAGGAGUCCAGUCUGAGUAACGACUUCGCAGACGUGAGCAAUUCUCAGUCGGAAGCCAAAGUCGAGCUGAAUGGGGAAGAGGCCACGAAGACCAUCAUCACCCAAGUCACCACCACUACCACCACUGUUUCCACGGAAUCCAAGACUGUUCAGAUCGCAGAAGUCUCCAGCACACACUGUAGCAAGCCCACUGUGGUGUCUGUGGCGGAGAACUGCGCCGUGUCCACACUAACCACCAUGACGAAAACCACAGUGACCAAAAUUUCUUCCCCCACGCACGACAGUAGUGCGGACAUGGUUUCGGUGACGGAGGAGAGCAAAACAACCGUCACUACCACGCUCCUGGACUCCACCGCGAGCUCUGCCGGCUCGUCGGUCACCUCCAUGACGGUCAGCAAGGAGUACUCCACCAGGGACAGGGUCAAGCUGCUGAAAUUCUCGCGCUCGAAAAAGACUCGGUCAGGGACGGCCCUCCCGUCUUAUCGCAAAUUCGUCACGAAGAGCAGUAAGAAGAGCAUCUUUGUUCUGCCCAACGACGACCUGAGGAAGCUGGCCAGGCGCGGGGGCAUCCGAGAGGUGCCAGUGUUCAACUACAACGCCAAGCCAGCUCUGGAUAUCUGGCCCUACCCUUCCCCCCGACCCACCUUCGGCAUCACAUGGAGGUACCGUCUCCAGACUGUGAAAUCGCUAGCAGGGGUCAGUCUCAUGCUGCGGUUGCUGUGGGCCUGCCUGAGGUGGGAUGAUAUGGCAGUGAAGCCGUCCUCAACAGGUGGCACCACAAGGACAGAAACUUCAGAAACCGAGAUCACCACCACCGAGAUCAUCAAGCGUAGAGACGUCGGACCCUAUGGAAUCCGAUCGGAGUACUGCAUCAGGAAAAUCAUCUGCCCCAUCGGGGUUCCGGACACCCCAAAAGAAACACCCACGCCCCAGAGGAAAGGCCUGCGGUCAAGCGCUCUGAGGCCUAAAAAACCAGAAGCUCCGAAACAGACGGGACCAGUGGUGAUCGAGACAUGGGUGCCGGAGGAGGAGCUGGACUUGUGGGAGAUCAGGGCCUUUUCAGAAAGGGUUGAGAAGGAGAAGGCACAGGCAGCAGAACAACAGGCAAAGGUUAGUGAGCUGAAGAAAGCAGAGGAUUUCAAGGCCCAAAUGGAGGCUCAACUAAAGCAGCAGAGAUUGGCUGCUCAGCAGAAGCGUCUGGAGCAGCAGAAACAGUCCCCUGCUGCCAGCACCUCUUCCAUCUCCACGCCCACGAACAGCCCCGCCACUCCUGCCUCCACCCCCCAGAAAGUAGUGGUAGGCUCCUUGACAAGCCAGGUCACCCCGGGAACGAAAGUGGUACUGGCCACCAAGAUGGGUUCUCCAGCCACAGUGACAUUCCAACAGAAUAAGAACUUCCACCAGACAUUUGCUUCCUGGGUCAAACAGGGUCAGAGCAGCCCAGCGUCCACCAGCGCCGUCGCCACCGUGGCCGCCACCGUCGCCACGUCGGGGCAGACGUUCCAGAUCACGGGCAGCCCCGUGACGAUGCCUGGCAAAGUGAUCACCGCCAAACUGCCGUUGCCCGCCAACAGCAAGAUCGUCACUGUCAACGUGCCCGCCACGCAAGGAGGUGUUAUGCAGGUCCAACAGAAAGUACUGGGGAUCAUUCCAUCCAACACCACGGGCAACCAGCAAACCUUCACUUCAUUCCAGCCCCGGACGGCCACCAUCAACAUCAGGCCCAACACCCCGGUCUCAGUCGGGGGGUCCCCUCCCACACAGCAGGUCAUAACCGCGGGGGCGCAGAUCCGCUCGGGGAUGACUGUCAUCCGCACGCCUCUGCAGCAGACAGCCACGCUGGGUAAAGCCAUCAUCCGGACGCCCCUGAUGGUACAACAAGGUAUUCUCCCAGCCAGCCAGACGCAGCAGGUGGUGACGCAGAUCAUCCGCGGGCAGCCGGUGUCGACCGCCAUCUCCAACGCGAGCACGGUGCAGACCAGCGCGGGCCAGAAACCAGCCGCCACCGCCACCCCGCCCCACGCCGCCGCCCCCCCAGGCCAGCCGCCCGCCCCGCAGACCCCGCAGGGACCCCGGCCGCAGCAGGGCCAGGUGAAACUGACUAUGGCCCAGCUCACUCAGCUGACUCAGGGACAGGGAGGAAGCCAGGGGCUGACGGUGGUGAUCCAGGGCCAGGGGCAGACCACAGGCCAGCUCCAGGUCAUCCCUCAAGGAGUGACGGUGAUCCCCGGCCCCGGCCAGCAGCUGAUGCAGGCCGCCAUGCCCAACGGCCAGCUCCAGCGCUUCCUCUUCACCCCCAUGCCCCCGCCAGUCUCCUCCGGGGGUGCCACGGUGACCGCGGUGACGUGCACCACCACCACCCCUUCGGUACCAGCUCCAGCAGAGCAGAAGCCAGCGCUGCCCCAGGCCCAGGUCCAGGCCCAGGCUCCGGUUCAAGCCCCGCCCUCGGCCCUGCCCCUCCCCCCCGCUCCGCUCAACCCGCCGCUCCCAGCGCCAGUGCAGCAGCCCGCGCUGCCGCCCCUGGCCCAGGCUCCGGCUGUGUCCCAAGCUCAGGCUCCGGUGCAGCCGGCCCAGCAGGCUGCCGCCCCGGUGCAAGCUGUGGCCCUGGCCCCCGGGACCCCUCCGGCCACGCCACAGGCCCACCUGCCCCCGCAGACGCAGGCUCUGACGCCCGUCCAGUCCCCGACCCCGCUGCCCGUGCAGCAAGCCGCCCAGACCCCGCCCCCCCAAAUCAAAGCCCCCCCGACCGCGCAGACUGUGAACCAGGCCUCGGUCAAGCAGGCCAUCCCGGCCCCCCGGCCCCAGCUCCAGCUCCACCAGCCCCAGCUGAUCACGGUGCCCCAGCUGCAGCAGCAGGUCCAGGUCCUCUCCCAGAUCCAGUCCCACAUGGCGGCCCAGAUACAGGCGCAGCAAGGCGGGGUGCCCCAGCAGAUCAAGCUGCAGCUGCCCAUCCAGAUCCAGCAGGGCGGCCAGGUGCAGGCGCACCAGAUCCAGAACGUGGUGACGAUCCAGACGGCCAGCGUGCAGGAGCAACUGCAGAGGAUCCAGCAGCUCCGGGAGCAGCAGCAGAAAAAGAAGCAGCAGCAGAUGGAGGCCAAGAAGGAGCAGACCCUACAGGCCCCCAGCCAGAGCGACAUCAUCCAGAAACAGGUGGUCAUGAAGCAGAACGCAGCAAUUGAACACCUGAAGCAGAAGAAGACUCUCUCUGCGGCUGAGAGGGAGGAGAACCAGAGAAUGAUCGUGUGUAACCAGGUGAUGAAGUUCAUCCUGGACAAGAUCGACAAGGACGAGAAGCAGGCGGCGAAGAAGAGGAAGAGGGAGGAGUCGGUGGAGCAGAAACGCAGCAAGCAGAAUGCCACCAAGCUGUCCGCUCUGCUCUUCAAGCACAAAGAGCAGCUCAAGUCCGAGAUCCUGAAGAAGAGGGCUCUGCUGGACAAGGAGCUGCAGCUGGAGGUCCAGGAGGAGCUGAAGAAGGACCUGAGCAAGCUGAGGAAGGAGAAGGAGAAGGCGCAGGCGGCUGCGUCCCAGGCAGCGGCUGCCGCGGCCGCCGCCGCCGCCCUGGCCUCGGCCAUGUCCUCCCCCACCUCCGCAGCGUCGCACAAGCGCAAGCGCGAGGACGAGAAGGACUCCUCCGCCACCAAGCCCAAGAAGAAGAAGAUGAUCUCCACUACCUCAAAGGACUCCAAGAAGGACACAAAGCUUUACUGCGUCUGCAAGACUCCUUACGACGAGUCCAAGUUCUACAUCGGUUGUGAUCUUUGUACCAACUGGUACCACGGCGAGUGUGUUGGCAUCACAGAAAAGGAAGCAAAAAAGAUGGACGAUUACAUCUGCAACGAAUGCAAAAGGGCACAAGAGGGCAACAGCGAAGAGUUAUACUGCAUCUGUCGGACACCGUACGAUGAGUCGCAGUUCUAUAUCGGCUGUGACCGGUGUCAGAACUGGUACCAUGGGCGCUGCGUGGGCAUCCUGCAGAGCGAAGCCACACUCAUCGAUGAGUACGUCUGUCCGCAGUGCCAGUCCACAGAGGACGCCAUGACGGUCCUAACGCCACUCACAGACAAGGACUACGAAGGGUUAAGGAGAGUUCUGCGGUCCUUACAGGCUCACAAAAUGGCCUGGCCGUUUUUAGAACCAGUAGAUCCCAACGAUGCACCAGAUUAUUACGGCGUUAUCAAAGAACCAAUGGACCUGGCUACAAUGGAGGACAGGGUGCACAAACGAUUUUACAACAAACUGACAGAGUUUGUGGCAGAUAUGACCAAAAUCUUCGACAACUGCCGUUACUAUAACCCCAGCGACUCGCCGUUCUAUCAGUGCGCGGAGGUUCUUGAGUCGUUCUUUGUACAGAAACUUAAAGCUUUCAAAGCAAGCAGGUCUCAUAACAACAAACUGCAGACUACAGCUUCUUAGAAUACACAGCUGUAUGCUCUAUGUCACAGACCGCAGGAAUCUGGUUGUCUCAGAACGUUAAACCAUGCGGGAACCAGGCUUCUCCACAGCUCUGUCCCCCCUCCUUCCCUGAGCGGACUUCUCUCCCCAGUAAACCAGCAAUCUUUCCAGUCCGUUGCCAAGUCGAGAACUUGAUGGGACAGCCGCUGGCCAGCCUGGCUGCAGCCCGGAGGCGGGGGUCAGGAGGGGAGCGCCUUUCAGCCGUGACUCUCCGGUGAAACGCAGGAGGACAGUGGGGAGGGGAGGGGUGCCGUUGAAAGGAUUGGGGCACUGGGGGCGGUUUGAUUUUUCCUUCUUUUUUAUUUUCCUUUAUUUCAUUUUUUUUUUUUCCAAUUAAAGAGGGGACAUGAAGAAAAGCUCUACAGUAAAGAUAAGCUGGCUAUCACCCCUGACAACAACAAAAAAAAAUGCGUUCUGAGAGCUGUAUUUAUUGUUAGGAUCAUUCAGAUUUUAUAUUAAAUUCCAUUUUGUCAACUAAUCUGUUUUUUUCUGAUAAAUUUGGAUUUUCUCACAAGGGUUAUGGCUGCUUUUCAUCUCCUCCUGCGACUCCCAUAAUGAAAAGGGUAUCGGAGAAAACAGUAUCCACAGAACCUUUCUUUAUUCGAAAGGAACUGAUAACGUGUGUAACAUUUUCAGAAUCGGCAAGGGUUUUACUGGUAUAAUGUUUGAACAGAAGGCUUGCUUUGAGUUGGUCAGACAGCAGCCCAGACAGCAGCACUAAAAUGUAGACGAAUUUAUAUAUAUAAAUCACCCUCCAGUGAUGACAGACUGAAAAAAGCUGAAGAGCAAUGUGUAUUUGAAGGCCUCUUGUUUGUAAAACUUUGUCAGAUUUUGAAUUUUUUUCUGUUUUUUGUAUUACAGCUCAAAAAAUAUUGAUGUAUAUUAAACAUAAUAAAUGGAGAAGACAGUGUUCUCUUCCUCACUGAUAGAGGUGUCUCCAGAAGUUCUUAACUGUAGAAAUUUGUUUAAAAAAAAAACAAAAACAAACCUUGGGUCUUUUCCAAGUCUGUCCAAAAAAAAAAUGGAAAAGAUUUGAGGAAAUCAUUAAGGGCAGAUUAAACCUAAAUGUAAUGCUGAUGACCUGGAAUCUUAUAAAAAAUAUUUUUCAGAGACAGCUGUCAUCGUCUUUAUGAUACUUGUGCUGCUUCGGUUUUGGUAAGCUUUGAAAUAGGUAACAAAAUGUUGUGUUUUUAAGGGCCAGUGAAUUUUUAGUAUAAAUUAUUUUUUAAUGUCUCCCCCCUUACUUUCUAACAUAUACGCAGUGGUUGAAGAGAACUUGGAAUCUGUCUGAUUUUUCAGGAAUUUUUUCUAAUCAUGAGCACUUUGUAUUUUUGUGACUAUUUGGUUUAUACAUGGGGCUCUGUUCUAUUGAGGGAAGAGGGCAGUGAAAAAAAUCUCAUACAUAUAAUAAUGUACGACCCUCGGGGACAGGUAUUUAGCUUUUAUAUUUUUUUUUACUUCGAAUUACUCUUAUGUGAUGCUUAUGGAAAAGUGUGGCACUUAAGGAGAAGUAUAAAUACUCUGUGCUUGUGCAGCUUCUCUCACUUGUUGGUUCAAAACCUACAUCCUGCUUUGAUGCAUUAGUAAUGACCGAGGAAACCUGGAGUUUUAUUUCUCAUGAAUAACUUUUCAUUUUAGAAUUUCAAGGUUUUUUCAUGGCCUAGAGAGAUCUUACAAGGCUUACCUGUCUUUUUGCUUCAUUUUUUUUUUAACUGAGACUUUGGAAAUUUUAGUUGCAUUUAGGUGAAAUUGCCCUUUAUAUUUAAAAAAAUGCUGCAUAUUGUAUGCAUAUUGACUAAAGGGGAGGGGAUCUAUAGACUCUUUCAUGAGUUGUGUAAAAAGAAAAACAAAUCUGCGCAUCUCGUCACAGCAUCACAGUAUUUCUGUAUUAUUUAUUCAUAUCUAUGGAACUUUUCAUUUUGAGUAAUGUUGGUUAAAAGAAAACAUUUUCCUACCAGUAGGGAAUAGAUGCUAUCUAUGUUUUUAACAGAUUGUGGCAACUCUAAAGAGUUAUUUCCUUUUUUGUACUUGAUAGGACAUUUCAUCCUAGAUAAUAAAGUAAUGUUUUUGACAUCAAA